GACAAGAGGCGGGACUCCGAGGACGCCCGCACAAAAUGGCGGCCGCCAGCCGGCGGUCACGUGCGCCUCGCGGUGAGGCGGGUAGCGCAAGGUCGGGGGGCUGGUGCCGGGUAUUUGUGUCGUGAGUUUACCUACGUCUGUGGGGUGACAGCGAUGGGAUGAGAGAUAACGGCUUCAAGUUGCACCCGGGCCCAGGUCUGUCUGGCGGUCCCGUGCGUUUCUGCUGGCAGCCGGUCGGCGCAGCUGUAUGCGCAGCUAACUCCCCUGCCUCGGGGUUUUCCCAGCGAGUGAGCAGCGCACGGGCUCGGUGUUGCUGCAGAUAAAAACAGACUUUCCUCCUGAGCAGUAGUUUAAGAUUGCUUGGUGCCAUGAGGUACUAAUUGAGGCUGGCUACAGCAGGAUGACUUCAUGCUGGUAUCCAUCCAUGGAUGGCCUUGAGGAUCUGGAGGACCUGAGAGGUGCCCCAACCCAGUGGAGAUGCUGGUCACAGCUUCUUGUGAUCCAGAAGAGUACCAAGGGUUUCACUUACCUUGGAAGCAUAAGUAGUUAUUUUAAUUGACUCUUGUCAGGUACUUUUCCAUGCCAGUCCCCUUGGAUGGCAAAAAUAUUCUGGUACUUCUCACCAGUUAUGCAACCCCAGAGCUUGUUGGAUUCAUGAAUUCUGUGCUACCUGCCUGAGGCUGUGAUCCAGGUACAGAUGGACUGGGCUGCCAGGAGAUGAUCCAUCCCAGGUGAUGGGAGGAAAAGCAAGUGCCUGGAUAUAGUAAGGGGAUGCCUUUACACUGUCAUCUGCUGCUUAUUGCAAUUUACAGGAUGGCAGGGGCCAGGCACAAGGAAUACCUUCAUGUGCUGGUCCUCUAUCUUUCACACUUUAUGUCAAGAUUGGCUUCCUGUGUAAGGAAAGGAAUUGUACCAAGCAUGGUGAAUUGCACCUAAUAUAAAGGUGGGGGGCAGUUGAACCACCACACUCAGGAAAUAUGCUCAGUUAAUGCCAAUCAUUAAAGGAAGCGGAAACUACUACUUUGCAUUAGUGUUGUUUGCUCCUUUCCUUCUUUCCUAUGGUUGAUAAUGUUUAAUUUGUGACCUUAAUUGGAUUACAGGUGUCUUGAGAUAUAGAUUUCUUUGAAGAUUCCCAGUGUAAUGCAAGUCUGCCUCCUGUGCAAGGAGGGUAUAAUGGUAGUGGAGGUAAUUAAUGCUGAACUUUUUCCAGCUGAGUACCCUAAGUAGCAGACAUCAUAACACUUGAAGAGACACAAGGUUGUGCUUCUUGGUAACUACAAAGCUGAUGUAUAUUUGGAGAUCUCUUCUGUUGGGAUGACACAAUAUAAAAUUUGUUACUUACUAUAAGGAGUAUACUGUUAUUUCAGAUACAUUCUGAUUCUUCAUUGAAAGAAAUAGCAAGCCUUCUUGCCUCAGUGUUGAGUAUCUGUGUCAAACAUUCAGUUACAUUGACUGAAAUAGUAAAAACAGCUAAAAAAGAAAAAAGGAAGAAAACGUCCAAAACCAAGUAAGUACAUCUUUUCUAUACUGUUGCUUUCUUUACAUCAGUUUCAAAAAAAAAAAAAAAAAAAAAUUCCUUUGAAGUUUGGUUUCAAAACAAAGAUAAAUAAACAACCGAGAAACCCAGUACAUUAUUUUUGUUUUUAUCUGGGUUUUACAUAAUUUUACACAUCCAAUAUUUAAUAAACUUUAAUUCUAAAACAUUAAAAUGUUUCCUAACUUCCUUUUGACCUUGUAUCCAGAAAAGCUCUAAAGAGAGUGACCUGGUAGUUUAUAGUGGUAGAUUUAAAUGCUGUUUGGAACUUGAAGGAAUCCAGAUGCCACAAACCGGUCAGGAAUUUCACUAAAACUUCAAGUAGCGAGUAAACUGCUUAAGAGAAGAAUGGAGGGAAGGGGAGAAAAGCAAACAGCAUAUUCACUAUGGCAUUAAAAACAAGUUCAGAUGAGAAAAAUCCAUUGAUUGGAGGGUAAUGCAUGACUUGUGCUUAAUAACGUUCUGUAGCACCCUCUUAUUUUACUGAAUGUAACCUUACACCUUCUGAACUCAUUCUGUAUUUACUGCAGUGUCAGUUUACAGUCAUGUGCCUUAGUGAAGCAAGUUAUUAGGGAGACUGAGCACCCAUGGUAGGAAUCAGUUAAAUUAAGAUUAGUGCGGAAGUUUGGGUCAAGUGGUGCAGAGGAAACUUGAAGUUCUCAUCUCUUUGCAAGAGAAAUUAUUCAGGGUCAAAAGUUGAGCAGAGUUGAUCUGCUUCGCAGAGGUUUGUAGUACUCUGUCACAAAUGGUCCAGACUCAUACUGGACAAAGAAGGUACUAGUCACUCUGCUCUGCUACCAGUUCAGCUCCCAAACUGCUGUUUGGAAUCACAGAACUCAUCUUGGUUAGAGGAACUUGCAAUUAGCUGUUGCUUGGAGAGAUGCUAGCUAAUUGGAUGCUGAGGGCAAAGUUGAGGUAAUAAGGUGUCUGAAUUCUUGUGAAGCCUCAAAGUCACAGGAGCAAAUUGCAUUGAGUAGCAAAAGAACAGAGUAAGAAAAGUCAGCAGUAGCAGUGUAUGAAUGAGUAAACAAAUCAGAACUGAUGUUAAUUCAGAUUGGGCCGCAAGUAAAAAACAAUGUAGAGAAAGACAUAUCUUAAUUACUGUUUUUUGCCUUCAUUUGUUUUAGCUGAGAAAGAUACAGGUCUGUGAGGCCUAAUACAGCACUUCCUCUAAUGUUAAAAUGCUGGAUUACUAGUAAGAAAAGAGGCAAUUCUAUGAGUGUUUCCUUGUGAGAAAUUGUAGUGGAUAAUAUUACUCUGUCUUUUGAACUUUGCAUUAAUUUUUCCCUUGGAAAGCAGCGUGAAAUAGGUUUAUUCUAUCUUCGUGUCCAGGUGAAGUAACCCAUUCCUGAAAGAUUUUGGUCUGAACCAAGUAAUCAAGUCAACGUAUGUCAUGGGGUUUGAAGAUGGUUCAACUGAUACGGAAGUCCUGGCUGCAAGCACAGGAAAAGCAUCCAAACAGAUGAUUGUUUUCAGAGAUUUUACAUCUAUAAUCACAAGUUUGGUAUUUCUGAAUUUAAGGCUUGUCUAGACUGCUUUCUGUUUCAGUUCAGUAUUUACUUUUAGCUGGGUAGUGGAAUAUGCAUGGAGCCUACUUUCCUUCUCUGACUCCAAGUCCUGGGAAAGGUUAAUAAUGUGUUAAAUAAUCUGUUACAAAAUAAACUCAUAAGAAAAGGUGUGGGGACAGUGUCUAUUUGCUAAAUUAUUUUUCUUCACUGUAGAUAAUUCAAUCUAGAUGGUUGGAAAAACUCUGACUAAUAUACAGUUAAUAAAAUCUGGACUAUGUUGGCCUGUGGGAGGGUUAUUAAACCUGACUUUUUUGUUUGAAUGCUGUGGUUAUUUGAUAUAUGUCAGGUGUAUCUCUAUAGAGCACAAAGUACUUGUAAGCAGUACACCCACAGGCCUAUAUUCCACAUGGCAUAUAUUUUAAACAAGUGAAACACAAAGCAGUAAAUGUCACAGACAGCAGUACUCGGGAAGGUGAAAUAGCUGAAAGGAAGCAUAAAAAGGAGGAAUGUUUAGAUUCUGGUUUUGCUCCUACUUAAAUGUGCUUAGGCAGAGCAGGUAUCAGUGAUUUCAGAUUAGUUGGGGUGGAUUAGUAUUCUCAAAGGCAUCUGAAAGCUGAUCGUCUUUCAGACCAGGUGGAAAAGUUCAAGUGUGAUCCUUUCUCCUGGUAUCUGAGGACUUCUUUGGUGUCUUACAAAGUUGGGGAGCUUUUGUUAUUAUUUAUUUUUUCAUUUGGAAUGUAAAUAAGAUGUUUGAACUGUGAAAUCUGAAAGCUUCACUUGCGUGCAGCUCGUGCUUCAGCCUCUUGUGUCUCUAUUUGCUGUCUUGAGAAUUUGUUUAUUUCAUUUUUUGAAGGGAAGCUUCCUUGGGUGCAGAGGAUGUAAACUAAUUAUCAAGGCCUCUACAGGAAAGUUUAUUCUAGGAACCUGUGAAUGGCCUUUGGGAGGAAGCACAAUCUGACCAAAGGCACCUAAUUAGUACAGAUCAAUAGCUUGCUUGGACAUGAAAAGGCAGCCUUACAACUCUGAUACUUUAAGGACCUUAAGAAAUAAGAAUCCUCAAAGACAAAAAUUAAACGAUGUUAUACAGACACUUAGGAAAAUGGUGCUAUGCCAAGAAGUUGAUCUGUACCAGAGCAGAAAUUUUUGUCCCUCUUUGAAUUUGUAUAUUCAAAGGCAAUAAGGGCUCUCAGUAAUGAAUAGCAGAGUGAAUGUCGCCUUGUGCUGCUUUAUACGACAGUCUUCAUUCCAGUUAAGUCUCUGCAUCUGUGAGCAGGAGCAGUAUGUCAGCUCUGACUUCAGUCUCCAUGCAGAAGGCAGUUUUCUGAUGCGAUGGAUACAGAGACCAGAGGGUACUGAAAUCUGCAGAGAGGACAGAGAAUGAGUAGAAAAGAAAAAGGAAAAAAUAAAUCUUUUCUCACAUGGCAAGAAGAAGAUCAGAGAACAGAGUGGCAUGGAAGGAGUUCCUGAACUUGUGUGGGAUUCCUGUAGGAAUGGCAGACACCCAGAUAGGUCUUCUCAUGCUUUGUCCUCCUUCAUAAACCCACAGCAGAAAUCCUUGUGGUGGUGCCAACUGCUACGUCUUUGUCUCCUCCUUCUUUCCAGGAAACUAUCAUUAGAGGGUACUGUGGACUCCAAGUGCGUGCUCUUAUCUCUGCUGCCUCGCUCUUCUGGCCGGAUUGCUCUGUGUUCCCAGGCAGGAAUGUCUCUGGCAUUCUGCUUCCUCAGCACCCCGCUGAUAACGCUUGUAAGCUCAGAGAACGCUUUAUUGCCUUUCCGAAGAGCUGUGUGUUGAAAGUAAAAUUGGUUACUGGUGAUGAAUUACUGUAAAAGAUGCGCUAAUUUUCCCUGGUAAGAGAAACUACUGAGGGGCGGUUUGGAGAAAUUGAGUAUCUUGGGCACCUGCUGGGAAGCCAGCAGUAGCAGCGUGUCCUCCCGACCGCAAGGGGGCGCGUGAGCCCCCCCCUUCCCUCUCUCUUCCACGUGGGCAUCACGGAGGCGGGGGAGGGCCGGGCCUUGCCGAGGUACGGCGGGGGGCAGGGGUCAAAGUUGGGCUUGCGGCCGCAGCGCGUCGCUAUGCCGGCCCCUCGGGGGGGCUGCCUGCCUCGGGGCGGUGUUGGUGCAGGCCGGGGGAGGCCCGGAGGACCCGGCGCUCGGCUGGGUUUGGUCGGACGGUGUAAGGCACGAAACGCCCUGCGUGUGCUUCAGUCUGCAAAGCAGAGCCCGGAGCCCCAAAUUCUGCCGGUUUCCCAGCCCGCCGGCACGCUGGUGUGAGCUGGAGGGUGCGUGGCGUUACGUGCUGCUUUAAGGAGCACUUCUGUCCGCGCCCCUUCGAGGAUGUGUAGAAGUAAAACUGGAGCUCCGUCUCUCGUGUUCAGCUCCCUCUGAAGGAUGGAAAACAUCCUGGCUAGUUUGUGUGGGACCAGCCCAGAAGAUCCGCUCCCUGUGUGGGUUCAUGGCAGAGUUGGCCACUGCUUCAAUCAGCUGGCAUUGAACGUGGUUCCUCAUGUGAUCCUUGCUGCGGUCAGCGCCUGCUUCCUUGGCACUCCAAGAUCUGGCUCUGGGAUGUCUCACAGGCGAGGCUGGAGAUGCAGAAUUGCCAUGUCAUUUGUACUUGCUGGCUUACUCCUUGCUGAUAUAAUCCCAGCCACCAUUUCUCAGCAGGAGCUGGGCCCUGUAUACCUGGAAGUGUUAGCCAGUGGCAUUGCUGCACUGACGUGGCUCACUCAUGGUCUCGCACUCAUCAUGCUCUGCAGGUCCAUUCACGGCUCCACUAGAGGCCCUGCAGCCCUGGCUCUCCUCACUCUCUUACCACUGCCUUCCCUCCUCAUCACACUGGUGUGGUAUUGCCAAAGUGGGACAGCUUGGUCUCCUGCCCACCCUGCUGUCUCCUCCAGGUUCACCAUUCUCUGUCUGAAGCUGGCCUCUCUGCUGACUUAUGUGAUUAGCUAUCUCUUACCUGCUGCUGAUAGGCAUGAAUUCCUCUCCAUCAACAGCUUCUGGCAGCAGGAUCAGCUCGUCUCAGAGCCAGGGAUCUCAGUGUCAGAUCAGCAGGGAGUGGCAGAAGAUGGUGAGAGCUGGCUCUCACGCUUCUUUUAUGCUUGGAUGAACCCUCUUAUGAAACGUGGCUAUCAGUGGAAGCUGAACCAACCACAAGAUGUCUGUCUGCUUCCUCGAAAACUUCAGGCUGCCAGGGUCUGUGAUCAGUUCUAUGCCUGCUGGCAGAAGAAAGCAGCAGUGCACCAAGUAGAGGAGGAGACGGUGUCUCUUACUAGCCCAAUCAUUGCUGGAGAUGAUGGCAGUGGCAGUGUCCUGGACAGGUCACACCAUACUCAGGAGGCCGUGCGACUCCUUUCAGUGCUUCAUGCAGCAUUUGGGCUUCGUUUCUAUUCCCUGGGACUUCUCAAGCUGGCUGGUAGCCUGCUCGGCUUCUCAGGCCCUCUGCUUCUGAACCUGCUGGUGAACUUCAUGGAGUCACGGCAGGAGCCUUUGAGCCACGGAGUGCUCUAUGCUCUUGGGCUGUUUGCUGGCUCCUUCGUGGGUGCGCUUUUACGGAACCAGUUCAGCUACGAGGUGCAGAAGGUGAUGCUGAUGGUGCGAGCUGCUGUCAUCUCUGCCAUUUACCGCAAGGCUCUACGUGUUGGCAGCACCAGCCUUUCCCGCUUCACUGUGGGUGAAAUCGUCAACUUCAUGAGCACAGACACCAGUAGGUUGAUCAACUUCUGUCUCAGCUUCCACGAGGUGUGGAGCCUGCCCUUCCAGUUUGCCAUUACGCUCUAUCUUCUCUACCAGCAAGUGGGUGUAGCCUUUCUGGGAGGCCUGGCUCUGGCACUACUGCUUGUGCCCAUCAACAAGGUCAUAGCCAACCGCAUCAUGAUGAGCAACACAGAGAUGCUGAAGCACAAGGAUACACGGGUCAAGCUAAUGACAGAGUUUCUCAGUGGCAUCCGUGUUAUCAAGUUUUAUGCCUGGGAGAAGCACUUCAGCACCAGGAUAAAUGCCUGCCGAGCUAAAGAGCUGCAGAAGUUGCGAGCCAUCAAGUACUUGGAUGCUGUGUGUGUUUAUCUGUGGGCAGCACUGCCAGUUGUUGUCUCCAUUGUCAUCUUCAUCACCUAUGUCCUGAUGGGUCACCAACUCACUGCCACAAAGGUGUUCACAGCACUGGCCCUUGUGGGGAUGCUCAUUCUCCCCCUCAACAGCUUCCCAUGGGUGUUGAAUGGGACUUUGGAAGCCAAAGUUUCCCUGGAUCGAAUUCAGCGUUUCCUUGAACUCAUGGACCAGGAUUUGGAAGCUUAUUAUGCCCUAGGUAGCCCUUCAGGAACAGCUUCUGCCAUAGAUAUAAGAGGUGCAGAUUUUUCAUGGGUGCCAGUCAUAGAAGAAAGCACCAGCCAGCCCUUAUCUACUGGCAGUCUGCAACUGCACAUUGAGAACCUCUCAGUGAGAAAGGGAAUGCUUCUGGGAGUUGUUGGGAAGGUUGGCUCUGGCAAGAGCUCUCUGCUUGCAGCUAUCACUGGAGAGCUCAUUAAACAAGGUGGGCAAGUAUAUAUUUGUGACCUGGAGCAAGGAUUUGGCCUGGCCACACAAGAGCCUUGGAUCCAAUUUACCACUGUCCGUGAGAACAUCCUUUUUGGACGACAAUAUGAUGCCAGGCUGUAUGAGGAGGUGGUGGAGGCCUGUGCCCUCUCUGAGGACCUGAAUAUCUUACCUGCAGGUGACCAGACAGAGGUGGGUGAAAAUGGUGUGACACUCAGUGGGGGUCAGAAGGCUCGAAUAGCCCUUGCCAGGGCUGUUUACCAGGAAAAAGAACUUUACCUAAUUGAUGAUCCCCUGGCUGCAGUUGAUGCAGAUGUAGCUAAUCAUCUUAUGCAGAAAUGCAUUCUUGGAAUUCUCCAACACAAGACCAGAAUCCUUUGCACCCAUAGGACAGAAUUUUUGGAGAAGGCUGAUGCCUUGUUGUUGAUGGACAAUGGCAGGAUAAUCAAGACAGGCCCACCAGCUGAUAUCCUGCCUCUUGUGGAAUCUGUCCCCAAAUUCAAGGAUAUGAACAAGAGGCAGAAUGAUAAAGACUCUGAUGAGCAGGGCCAGGAAGAACUUGUAGAGACAGAGGCAGAAGAAUCAUUGCAGGACAAAUGUCUCCUUCACAAGGAGGAAGAGAAGAAAGAAGGGGCUCUGGAUUUUCAGGUCUACAAGGCAUAUUGGUUGGCAAUGGGCAGCUGCUUAGCAUUAUCUAUCCUCCUCUCACUGCUCCUGAUGCAAGCAUCCAGAAAUAUCUCAGAUUGGUGGCUCUCACACUGGAUCUCCAGCAUAUCCCAAACAGGAAAUACGUCUGUGAUGGUCUCUUCAGCUUCCCUGCCUUCCACAAAGCUGCUUCUCUUCUCCGUCAUUGGGCUUGUCUCCCCAAUUCAAGCUCUGGACACAGCCCCAGUCCCUUCCAAUGUUUCAGUGGAUGUGAAUUUCUACCUGACAGUUUAUGGGGGCAUUGCAGGGGCCAACUCUCUCUUCACCAUUUUUCGGGCCUUCCUAUUCGCUUAUGGCACUAUCCGUGCUGCCAUUGUCAUUCACAAACGACUGCUCCAGAGAGUUAUAAAGGCCACAGUCACCUUCUUUGACACCACACCAACAGGCCGGAUCCUGAACCGCUUCUCCUCAGAUCUGUACUGCGUGGAUGACAGCUUGCCAUUUAUCCUUAACAUUUUCUUGGCCAACAUGUAUGGGCUUUUGGGCAUGCUGGUGAUAAUCACCUAUGGUCUCCCUUGGAUUGGCCUGGUCUUACUCCCUCUGGCUGCUCUCUACUUCUCCAUCCAACGCUAUUACCGGCGCACAUCCCGGGAACUCAAGCGCCUUUACAGUGUCACCCUGUCUCCCAUUUACACUCAUUUCUCAGAGACUCUCUCAGGACUGAGCAGCAUCAGAGCCAUGCGGGCAACACAGAGGUUUGAGUUGGAGAAUGAGCUGCGCCUAGAACAGAAUCAGCGCUGCCUCUUUGCCAGCAACACAGCAAUGCAGUGGCUGGACAUUCGCUUGCAAAUGAUUGGGGUUGCUGUGAUUACAGCUAUUGCAGGAAUUGCCAUCAUCCAGCACCAGAAGCAGAUAGGAAAUCCAGGACUUGUGGGCCUGGCACUGUCAUAUGCGCUGUCUGUUACAAACCUGCUCUCAGGCCUCAUUUCCAGCUUCACUACAACCGAAACCAUGAUGGUGAGUGUGGAGCGGACAGAGGAAUAUACCACAGACAUCCCCAUGGAGCCCCAGGAUAAACUGGUCCAGGUUGCUGCUGACUGGCCAAGCCAAGGGCUUGUGGAGUUCCAGCAAGUGAUCCUGGCCUACCGAGCAGGCCUUCCCAAUGCACUCGAUGGAGUGAGCUUCACUGUGUACCCUGGAGAGAAGGUGGGGAUUGUGGGUCGCACAGGAUCUGGAAAAUCCACCCUUUUCUUGGCACUGUUUCGCAUGCUGGAGCUGAAAGCAGGCCGUAUUCUCCUGGAUGGUGUUGACAGCCAGCUGGUGGGCUUGGAGGAGCUGAGAUCUAGACUGGCUAUCAUCCCCCAGGAUCCAUUUUUAUUCAGUGGCUCAAUCCGAGAGAAUUUGGACCCUCAGGGAAAAUGGACAGAUGCUGAACUCCAUGAAGUGCUAGAGCAGUGCCACCUGCGGGAUGCUGUUACCCAGAUGGGUGGAUUGGACAGUGAGCUGGGAGAGAGAGGAAAGAGUCUAUCUGUGGGUCAGAGACAGCUGGUGUGUCUGGCAAGAGCCCUUCUAACGCAGGCCAAGGUGUUGUGCAUUGAUGAGGCCACAGCCAGUGUGGAUCAGAAGACAGACCAGCUGCUGCAGCAAACCAUCCGCCAACGCUUUGCUGACAAAACUGUUUUGACAAUUGCUCACAGGCUGAACACCAUCUUGGACUCAGACCGUGUGUUAGUGAUGCAGGCUGGAAGAGUGGUGGAGCUGGACUCACCUGCCUGCCUAAGCAAAAAGGACGGCUCCUUGUUUCAGCGCCUGCUGCACAGUGGGCAGCAGUGACCUCCUUCUGGAGCUGAGGUCAGGCAGUACGUCUGUGUCUGCUUUUCCUCUUGCCUCAGCUGCCAGCCCCAUCCCUGCAGGGCCAGGAACUGCUGAAGUGAGAGGAGGGGUCAUUGCUUCCUGCUGACAGUGACUGUGUGUCUCAGGAAUGGAAGCAUGGCACUUUCCUAUAGUAGGGAAAAUGUGAACUGGUGCUUAGGGCAAUUCGAGCCUGGCUGGUGGGGCACCGUUCCCUCCAAAGCUUCCCUUUGAGAUUACAGAGGGUUUUUCUGCUCACUGAAGAAUCAGUGACUCCAUCUCACAUAUGCAAUUUAAAAUAAAAUGGAAACAUUCUUGUGAA